AUGAAGGCAGAGCUGCUUCUGCAAAUACACAUGGCCAUGUUUUCAGUGGCUGUGAUGUUAUGUUCCUGUGAAUCCAUAACCAAUCUGCACCCCGUGAUCUUGAUACCUGGAAGUGGAGGCAACCAAUUGGAAGCCAGGUUGACUUCAAAGUACAAACCUUCAAGCUUGUUGUGCAAUAGAUGGUACCCCAUUAAAAAGGAUAAUGAAGGAUGGUUUAGGCUGUGGUUCGACCCGAGUGUACUACUCGGACCCUUCACCAAAUGCUUUAGUGAAAGGAUGAUGAUUUACUAUGAUCUUGUUAAGGAUGAUUAUGAUAAUGCACCUGGUGUUGAGACAAGAGUGCCUCACUUUGGCUCGACUCAGUCCCUUCGAUAUCUUGACCCUCACCUCAAGCACAUUACAUCGUACAUGGAACCCCUAAUAAAAUCUUUGGAAGAAAUAGGUUAUGUGGAUGGCAAAAACCUCUUUGGGGCGCCCUAUGAUUUUCGAUAUGGAUUAGCUGCAAAAGGUCACCCUUCCCAUGUUGCCUCAAAAUUCUUGACACAACUCAAAAAUCUAAUAGAAACAGCCAGCAAUUCCAAUGGAGGAAAGCCCAUAAUCCUUCUUUCCCAUAGCUUAGGAGGCCUUUUUGUCCACCAACUACUCAUUCGAAACCCGGUUUCUUGGCGCCAAAAACACAUCAAACACUUCAUCGCAUUGUCGACGCCGUGGGGUGGUACGGUUGAAGAACUGCUCACAUUUGCUUCUGGGAAUGCACUCGGAGUUCCCUUAGUCAAUCCAUUGCUUGUGAGGGAAGAGCAAAGAAGUUGUUCAAGUAACUUAUGGCUUCUACCCUCUCCUAAAGUGUUCAACACAACAAAACCACUAGUGAUCACCCAAAAUGCGUCUUAUUCUGCGAAAGAUAUCGCACAGUUUCUCAAGGAUAUCGGGCUUCCAGAAGGAGUCCAGCCUUAUAAAUUGCGUAUUUUACCUUUGGUUGAAAACUUGGUUGCACCGGAAGUUCCUAUUACGUGCAUAAUUGGGAGCAAUGUCAAUACACCGGAAACAUUGUUUUACGGGGAUAGUGGGUUUGACAAGAGCCCAGAGGUGGCGGACGGGGAUGGCGAUGGUACAGUGAACACGGUAAGCUUGCUAGCAGUAGAAAAUGCAUGGGCUAAUGAGAAAAAUCAAACCCUUAAAGUGAUCAAGCUCCCUGGGGUUUCUCACACAUCUAUACUAAAAGAUGAUCUUGCACUCGAUGAGAUUAUAGGAGAGAUUUGUAGCAUCAACUCUCAAUUUUCGAGUUCACUAGCUUUAAGAACUUAA